AUGCAAAUGGAGCAAACAUACGGCGAAGUAAACCAACUCGGCGGUGUUUUUGUCAAUGGACGACCGCUUCCCAACGCUAUUCGGAUCAGAAUUGUCGAACUGGCACAACUUGGAAUAAGGCCGUGCGACAUCAGCAGGCAGCUCCGCGUCUCCCAUGGCUGCGUUAGCAAGAUUCUUGCGAGAUACAAUGAGACUGGCUCCAUUUUGCCUGGUGCCAUUGGUGGAAGUAAACCGCGGGUUACUACACCCAACGUUGUUAAAAGUAUAAGGGAUUACAAGCAAAGUGACCCUGGAAUAUUUGCCUGGGAAAUACGGGAUAGACUGCUGGCUGAUGGGGUGUGUGACAAAUACAAUGUUCCAUCAGUGAGCUCCAUCAGUCGCAUUUUAAGAAAUAAAAUUGGAAACCUCUCUCAACCAAGUCAAUAUGAGAGCACGAAACCAUCCCCUCCGCAGCUGCCCUAUAAUCAUGUGUAUCCAUACUCUUAUCCUAACGCCAUGUCACCCUCCGGAGCCAAACUUGGCAACCCACCUGGUGUGUCCGUGACAGCGGGUCAUGUCAGCCUUUCCCGUGCCUGGCCUUCGGUACACACCGUAAGCAACAUUUUGGGGAUCCGAGCCUUUAUGGAUCCUACUGCAAUCCCAGGAGCAGAGAGUUACCAGCCGAAAAUGGAAGACUGGGCCAGCGUUAAUAGACCCACAUUUCCCUCCGCGCAUGGUGUCAGCGGCAUUGAAAAGCCACCUAUCGAAGCGGACAUCAAAUACACUCAGCCCUCAUCCAACUUGUCCAGUUAUGUCCCUGCAUGUGCCUACUCUGCCACCAACCAAUAUGGAGUAUACAGCGGACCCGCCGGGAACUACGUCACCACCGGGCACCACUGGCAAUCUCAAGGGGCAAGCCUUGCCCAUCCUAACAAUGGAGCAAUGAUGCACGGCCCAAACAUCCAUACAGCCAUGUCCUUCAAGCAUUCACCACGAGAAGCGGGAGACAGAAAACCUCCUAGUCCUCUGAGCAAGCACCAGCACGAGGCGCUAAGCAGCGUGCACGGGCUCCCGCUUCCUACCUCAGCUUCGUAA